UGGAGAACAACACGUGGGUGUCAUGAAUAUUCAUGGCUGAGGUGAAGAGAGGGGAGGACAGUACUGUAUAAUACUCUGAAGUUCUCACUGACAGAGGUGGACACUGAGGAGAACAACUGGAGGGUCCGGCAGGGCUCAUGUGGGAUCAUCUACGGUAUUGACCCCCAGACAGAAGACGGAAAAGGAAGAGGAAGCAAGAGACGGAAGAGAGAACAAGAGGAGAGAGACUGAAGUCUGCAGCCCCAGAACUGCCAGGAGGAAGAUGCACAAUAUAGUCCUCUACUACAGGGUGGAAUGUUUGACAGGCUUUGGGUCCAGACUUUUCUCAGAGGACUCCUUGUUCUGAAUCUCCAUUACAUUCAUGGACUCUUCCAUGACUGCUCGGUCUGCUGUGUAAUUCAAGACAAAAUCAGAGACCUGAACUGUUCAUGGAAAAGUGAUGUCAGGACUGAGCACUUUGUAUCGCUGCAGAGUCUUACAAAUCCUGAGGAACAUCCUCUUCACUUCACCAUUGAUCGAAACUGGUUGGUAAUCCCACGGAAAGAACUGGUGGUGGAUCACAAGUAUCAUCUCAUAGUGACUGGAGGAGGCAAAAACUAUACUCACUAUUUCACCUACAGUGAUGAUGGACAUAACAUAUUCAUCCGGCCUCCUUCACUUAAUUCGUCCAUCUUGGAUUGUUACAGUUUAGAAGUGAACUGGAAUCAUCCAGAGGAAGAUCUUCAUAUUCCAGUGGAGUUGAGGUAUCGCAUACUGGGAGCUCAGAACUGGACCGAGGUAGAUGAGAGUGACCUGGAGACAAGUAGAUAUGUAUUGGAGGACCCGGUGCCGUAUACACAGUAUGAGUUCCAGAUCCGAUAUCUACCAGAUGGGACCAAUAAUAAAGGAAGUAUAUGGAGUGACAGUCACGUCUUAACCAGUUCAGAGAUGGCUCCUAAUGGAAGUGUCGAUGUAUGGAGAAGUUUACAGAAUGGAUCUUCACUUCUAAUAAUGUGGAAGCCGCUUGACCAUCGCUCUGCUAGGGGAAAUAUCCUUGGUUACCAAGUGACUUAUGGGGCUGAGGAGAUGACCACUGAGGAGCCAUGUUGUAGCAAGAUGCUCCCGGCCCAGUCCACACCAGUGUGUGUCAGAGCCAGGAAUUCUGAGGGACUAGGACCCCCAAUGUGUGUGACCCCACUGUGUACAGAUGAAGAUAUUUUUGACUGCAAAGUCUGGGGAGACUUAAAGGGAAGGAUCAGUGUUUUGUGUGAAGACAAUUUGAGGGCUGAGAAGGUUCUGAGCUACAUAAUAGAGUGGAGAGACCUGAGAGAAGGUGGAGAGACGGGGGUGCAGUGGACCAGGCGCCGGACGGUCAAUGAGACAUUCGUGCUUCCAGGUAAUUUUACUUCUGGGGUCCCCUACUUCAUCUCCGUAUAUGUCCUCUACAACAAUAGCUGCGCUAGGACCUUCUCUAUGGAUUUAUAUAGCCGGGAGGAAGUUCCCAGCGCUGCACCAAAUUUUUUCAGCCAUACACUUUCUGAUGGAACUGUCAAUGUCUCAUGGGAGGAGAUUCCAAUAAAGCACAAGAGAGGAAUCAUUACACAUCAUACCAUCUACAUAAACAGCAGGGGGCGCUCUGAGCAUCAGAAAGUAUCUAACAAGAAUGGUAGCACGAUCCUGUCUGGAUUGUCCUCAGGCACUACUUACACCAUCUGGAUGACAGCUUCGACUAGAGCCGGUGAGGGUCCCCGCAGGAUCCAUCAGAUUCCAGGCAAUCGUCAUCGCGCGUUGCUCAUAGUGGCUGUGGUCAUCCAUCUUCUCUUUGUCUGCGUUGUCCUGAUGUGUUUUUGUGAAUGGCCAAAGAUUCCCAAACCUGAGAAUAAGUUUAAAGAAUUCUUUAUGGGAUCCAGCACUAACAUAUGGCAACCACAGCAGGUUUCCCUCAAUCUGGUGAUCGAAGUAGUGGAAGAGAUAGAGCCUCCACCUAAGCCGCCAACACCCCCACCACUACCAUCACCACAGACCUUACUACCACCAACACCACAGCCAUCAACUCUACUGAAUACAGAUCCUGACAUUACUUCUGGGUAUAAAAAAUGCCCAACUCUACUAAAUAAGGCUCCCGUCAUCACUUCUGGGUAUGAAAAACACUUCAUGCCAACCCCAGAGGAGAUAAUGUGCUUAAGAUGAAAGAAACCUAAAGCUGCCUAGAAGAAAGAAAGAUAAAGUUAUCUGCCCCUGGAUGGAAUGGGCAAUAUUGGCCCAAAACCAGUGCCAAAACAGACUGGUUAUUUGUGAAAGAACCCCAAAAAAGUGAUAAACCCAACAGCUGGUACUGUAAGUUAUCCACAGAUGGACCUGAAUAACAUAGAAGAUCCACUAAUGGUCUUAUUGGACCCUAGUUGGACCUCUGGUCUGGUGCGCCAGUCUCAUCCGAGAGUUCCUCUGGUGGGCCAGUGUGACCCAGUUUGGGGCCUGGGUGGUCCAAUCUGAUCACGGUUUGGGCCUCAGAUGGUAGAGGUUCCCAUUGCUUGGACUUCUGAUGGGUCUGUCUGACUCUGCUUAGGCUCUGGUGCUCCAGUUUGAUCCUAUUUUGGCCACCGGCACCUGACUGGAAUAUUUCUGACAAUGUUAGCCUGAACAAGACUGGACUGAGGUGAAGGUGGUCAUCAUAGUAAGGUCCUUGUCACAUAGUAUCAGAUAUGAUGGUCUUCUACAUUGGUAAUGGGAACUUGUUGUGGAGUGAAGGUGGUCACCAUAGUCAGGACCUGGUCACAUAGUAUUAGAUACAAUGGUCUUCUACAUUGGUAAUGGGAACUCAUUGUGGAGUGAAGGUGGUCAUCAUAGGCAGGUCCUGGUCACAUAGUAUUAGAUACAAUGGUCUUCUACAUUGGUAAUGGGAACUCAUUGUGGAGUGAAGGUGGUCACCAUAGUCAGGUCCCUGUCACAUAGUAUCAGAUAUGAUGGUCUUCUACAUUGGUAAUGGGAACUCAUUGUGGAGUGAAGGUGGUCACCAUAGUCAGGUCCCUGUCACAUAGUAUAAGAUAUGAUGGUCUUCUACAUUGGUAAUGGGAACUCAUUGUGGAGUGAAGGUGGUCAUCAUAGGCAGGUCCUGGUCACAUAGUAUUAGAUACGAUGGUCUUCUACAUUGGUAAUGGGAACUCAUUGUGGAGUGAAGGUGGUCACCAUAGUCAGGUCCCUGUCACAUAGUAUCAGAUAUGAUGGUCUUCUACAUUGGUAAUGGGAACUCAUUGUGGAGUGAAGCUGGUUAUCAUAGUCAGGCCCUGAUCACAUAGUAUCAGAUACUAUGGUCUUCUACAGUGGUAAUGGGAGCUCAUUGUGGAGUGAAGGUGGUCACCAUAGUAAGGUCCUUGUCACAUAGUAUCAGAUAUGAUGGUCUUCUACAUUGGUAAUGGGAACUCAUUGUGGAGUGAAGGUGGUCAUCAUAGUAAGGUCCUUGUCACAUAGUAUCAGAUACGAUGGUCUUCUACAUUGGUAAUGGGAACUUGUUGUGGAGUGAAGGUGGUCACAAUAGUCAGGGCCUGGUCACAUAGUGUUAGAUACGAUGGUCUUCUACCUUGGUAAUGGGAACUCAUUGUGGAGUGAAGGUGGUCAUCAUAGUCAGGGCCUGGUCACAUAGUAUUAGAUACAAUGGUCUUCUACAUUGGUAAUGGGAACUCGUUGUGGAGUGAAGGUGGUCAUCAUAGGCAGGUCCUGGUCACAUAGUAUUAGAUACGAUGGUCUUCUACAUUGGUAAUGGGAUCUCAUUGUGGAGUGAAGGUGCUAUAUUACAAUAAUCUACGGUGUUACUUUUAUAUGGACAUGACACUUUAGAAGGGAUGGGUCCUAUAAUCUCACAGGUAUGAGGAAACAAUGGUGCUCAACCUGUCCUACAACAUCUUCUGUAUAUGAGAUUUACGAUCUCUCUUUCCAUGUGGUGCCCCGGCGCACUUUGCACUAUAAGGUCCAGAAUUCAUAUCCACUUUACAUAUGACUGACCCUGUGUAAAUAAAUAAUAUUUUUGGAUAAUACUGGAUUAAAAAAAUAAAUUUUGUAAGAAGUAAAGGUGUCUUCAACUAUUAUGUCAAGAAUGUGGCAUGUGAUUUGUGAUUUUACUAGAUCUAGGAAACAUGACCACUAUGGUUUUCUGUUCUCCCAAUCCACGGGGCAUAGUCUUAAAGGGGUACUCCACUGCUAGAAAUCUAGGAUAGGGGAUAAGAUGUCUGAUGGCGGGCUCCCGCUGUUGGG